CAGACCGAUUACAAUGGAUGAAGACCAGUAUUCCUAUCCUGAAGAAAGUGUUCCCCUGUCAUCACAAUCCUGGUUCUGGAAGAAGAAUUCUGUUUCUCCUGCUGCUAAAAGCCAAAGCAAAACAGAAGCUUGGUUGCGAACAGUUAUCCCUCCAGGCUCUCAAGCGCCUGAAGAUUCAGUAAGAAUUGAUCCUGAAACUAAACCGCAGGCCACCAUUCAUUCAUCUGUUGCUCUACCAGGCAGCAUUAUUGAUUAUUCAGAAGAGAUACAAGAGGAUCCUUCAUGUAUGAUUAAAAGUGUAAUGACUGAAGAAAUACCUGAAGAAUAUGGAGAGGGAAACUCAUGGCUCCAUAAACUUGGAAUUAAUAUAAACAAGUGGUCAUUUCUGAAUUCCCUGUUUGGAUGGAGUGAAAACAACGUUCUAGAAAAAGUAGAUCAUGUGAAGACAUCUGGAGUUUGUUCUGAUGCUGGUCACAAAGCAACUGAGCUGGAGGAAUGUACAACUAAAGAAGAAAUACCAUAUAUUCCAUACAAGUUAGCUGCAUUAUAUAUCAUCAAGAUUGUAAAAGAUAUGCAGCAAAUGAAAAACAAGCACAUGAAGAUAAUCAGACAAAUAGAAAAUAUAAAGACAGAAAACCAGGAGCAGACUGUAACUACUAUAAAGAAACAUUAUGGUGAGAAAAUGAGAAGUCUGAAAUCCCAGUUAGAUGCUUACCGGAAGCUGAUGAACAAGAGCAACACACACUGGCAAGAGAGAGUUAAGAGCCUGAAGGAAAGAAACAGACAACUGAUUCAAGAGAAGGAAGACCUUCUUCACCAAAUGAAGCAACAAACAGAGAAAUGGGAAGAAGAAAAGGUCUGGAUUCUAGAAAACUUGUGUAAAAACCUAGAUCAUCUUUAUACCCAGCACACACUGACUUUGCAGGAACUUCACAACAUCAGUCUAUAUGUGGAAAAAGUGUAUGACCUCAUGAAUUUCCAGAUAAAAAUUCUUCAGCAAAAGUCUGAAAAGACAGAAGGAGAAAAAGUGGAUGUGUCAGAGGUUUUAGAAUUAAAAAUGGAACAAGUAACUAAUGAAGAAGAAAAGCCUGAAUGGUCAAUGGGAAAGGGAUAUCUUUUGCAAGCACACGCCUUGCUGCAGAAGAUACAGGAAUCUUUACAGAAACGAGAGAGAGAAGUCACUGAACUCCUACAAAGUGAAAGAAGAUGCAACAAGACAAUGAAACCUCAAAUCACAGUGCUAAUGUUCUUGAAAACUCUUGUCAAGAAGGUUUACACUAUAUAUUAUGAUGUUCCUGGGGCACAACAGUACAUCAGUCAGCUUAUCAGGAAGAAUGAGGAUGAAAGGGCUGAUCGGAAAGAAGCUUUUAAUAACGCUCAGGCUGACUUUCUGUGCUAUGAAGCAUUUUAUGGAAAUGAACUUAUGGAUGACAAAAGGACACAGCUCUCAACGAAGCUUUUCAGAAAUCUUGGAAAAGCAAAGUCUGAUUUAGAAUAUGUUGAAACAGAGAAAAUUGUGUUUGAUUGUAUCCAGACAGGGGAAAUCCCUAACUGCAUUAAAAGAGAUUGUCUUUAUGUAUCCUUGACAGAAGACCCUGCAACAUGCUCUGAGGAGACAGAGCCACCAUCCAGAGAAACUCAUGCAGAAGUUUAAAAUGGAAACCAAACU